AUGCUUGCCCGUCGUUGCAUUCCAAGAUCCACUAGUGCGACACGACUCUCCCGAGGGCUGGCCUCCAUGAACAGCAAGGGCACUGUGCAAAACACGGACUACGCCCUACAGGACAUCUCCCAGACUCUCCCCUCCGAUGCCACCAUAUUCAGUUUGAUCCAACCUACGGGGAAGUUCCAUUUGGGCAAUUACCUUGGUGCCACGCGAAUAUGGAAGCAGAUUUCUCAAAGUAAGCAACCCACACAGACUGCCAUCUUUGGUGUAGCUGAUUUGCACGCCAUCACAGUCCCCAAACCGGACCCCAUGGAGUUCCUCCAAUGCCGACGUGAAGCACUCGCUAGCAUUCUAUCAUUGGGGAUCGAUCCUCAGAACGCCAUCAUGAUGUACCAAUCCGAGGUGCCGCAACACACGCAAUUGCAUUGGGUGCUCUCUACGUUCACGUCCAUGGGUGUGCUUAACCGAAUGACACAAUGGAAGGCGAAGGCCAAAUCUAAUCACAUGAGUGUGAAAUUGGGGUUGUUCUCCUACCCUGUGUUGCAAGCGGCAGAUAUCCUACUGUACAAGGCGACACAUGUGCCCGUUGGGGACGACCAAUGCCAACCAUUGGAACUGUGUCGAAGCAUUGCACAACAGUUCAACCAGUUCUAUGGUGACGAGAACUUCUUCCCCAUCCCGCGGACGAUCCUGGCACCAACGAAGAAGAUCCUGUCGUUGGGGGACCCAUUGAAGAAGAUGUCUAAGAGUGACCCGAAUAAGGAUUCGAAUAUCUACGUGAACGAUGCGGCGGAUGUCAUUGUCAAGAAGAUCAGGAAGGCGGUGACGGAUUCUGUGACGGGCCCCAUCACGUUCGAUCCGGUGAAUAGACCUGGUGUCUCCAACCUGUUGAACAUGGUGAGUGGGAUCACGCAGAGGGAGAUGAGUGCUGUGGAACAAGAGGUGAGCCACUUGAGUCACUUGGGUGAGUUCAAGAACUACGUGGCAGAGAUCGUCGUGGAGGAGCUGAGAGGGCCGCGUGAACGAUACGAGCAGCUGAUGAACGAACCGGAGUACUUGAAGCAAGUGGGCGAUCAGGGUGCUGAGCGUGCCAGGGCCAUUGCAGAGGUGAACAUGAGGCAAGUGUAUCGGAUGAUGGGUUUCUGA